AGAACGAACGAAACGAAACGCAGUAGAGACAGAGAAGUUUCAAGUGAUAUGUCAAUCGAAGUAGUCGUGUAAAAUUGUAAAUUAGUUCCAUUAAUUAUUUUAUAAGCAAACUUUAACGAGGACGGGGUCAAAGUGCGAUGAGUUUUUGUUGAUACUACGAUUGAGAUUUUUUCAAUAAUAAUGGCACCUACAUUAUUCAGCUAUGAAACUCUCGUGCAUGCAAUAGCAGGAGCCACGGGCAGUGUUGUUGGAAUGGCUGUAUUUUAUCCUCUGGAUACAUUAAGGUCAAGAUUACAAGUUGAAGACUCCAACAAACUUCAAGGAUCAUCAUUUGAACUGCUGUGUAAAUUAGCUACAGAAGAAGGCUUGGAAUCAUUGUACCGAGGCUUGGCACCUGUUCUACAGUCACUCUCUGUGUCAAAUUUUGUGUAUUUUUAUACAUUCCAUGGUUUACGUAAAAUAUUUACUAAUGAUUCAUCAGCAUUAAAAGACUUGUCAUUUGGCCUAGUUGCUGGUAGCAUUAAUGUACUCUUAACUUCCCCCCUAUGGGUUGUUAACACUAGAAUGAAGUUAGAUAAGAAGGGAACAUACAAUAGCCUGACAGAAGGGCUCUUUGAUCUUUACAAAAAAGAAGGAGCAAAAGGCUUGUGGUCAGGAACUAUACCCUCUUUGUUGUUGGUUUCUAAUCCAGCUAUUCAGUUCAUGGUUUAUGAAGCAUUAAAAAGACAUCUGAUAUCUAAAGGCUUAUUUGAUACAUUUUCAGCAUUUCUUGUGGGUGCUGUAGCUAAAGCAGUAGCUACAACUUUGACUUAUCCACUUCAAUUGAUUCAAUCCAGACUUCGUGCUGGUACCAGCUUGAAACCUUUAUUCAGAGAUAUGAAAGCUAAGCCUUCACUAGCAUUCCGUGGCUUGGAAGCCAAAUUAUUGCAAACUGUUAUGACAGCUGCACUUAUGUUUAUCAUUUAUGAGAAACUAGUCCGAUUAGUAUUAACUAUAAUGAGAGUAAGAAUGGCUAAACAUUGAUUAAAUAUGUUACCUUCAUUUAGUCACUAUACAAUGGCACCCAAAACCGGUUAUAUUGUUUUAUUGCUUGAGAACUCGAGGUCAAAACUAAUCUUUUUUGGCGUAGUCGCGAAUCAAGGUUACUUAUCUAUAAAUUUCGUAAAUAUGUAUAUUAAAUUAUAUGUUUAUUUACUUUUUGGACUCAUAAACGUGCUUAAUACAGAAAGCGAAUAGAAACAAUCACUACACUUGAAAAUAACUACUAGUCAACUUAAACAGAGGCCAAGUUUUAAAAAUGGCCUCAAAUGUUUAGUGCCUGACGUAGUUCAGCCAUCCCUAUUUAUAAGUCAUAAUAUUGUGGAAUUUUUCUCGUUUUUGCAAAAAUACUGACCUAUUCUCAUAAUAACUAUAAUGGUAAUUAUAAGCUAAUACGUAGGUUGCAACACCGAUUACCUUAACACAUGCAUAUAUCAUGCACGUUAGGUCAAGGUUACGGAGGGAAAACGAUUCAUAUGUAUAAAUGUAUGUAUAGUUAGUAGCUGUACAAAAUACAUAGGUAGCUUAUAUAAGAAGAUAUUCUCAACUCAUGUACAUUUUAAUAGUUACUCAAUACAAAAGGCUCUCUCAUUCUUAUUUCUGAUAUAAAGGUACACUUACGUACCUUCUCGGUAGUUUAUUUAAUAAGUAUUUAUUCUAGUUGUAAUAAAAGUUACCACAAUUUACGAUACCAAAAAGAACCGAAAAUUACUUCGGAGUAGUAAAUAGUCCCGUAAAUUUUCCGACUCCUUUAAAUUCUAAGUAAAGUUGAAUCUUUUAUGAAGCUUUAUUAAAUCCCAAAUACUAAUAUAGAGAUUUUCGACAAUUUAUUUGAUAAUGUAGAAUAGAUUAUAACAGGUUACAGACUUCAUUCAAUUUAAUUUACAAUUGACUUUUACGACACUUAACUGUUUAAUAAGUGUCAACCUUGCUGUUAAAUUACAGCAAGGUUGACACUUAUUAUUGAUGUUUACAUGAAUUUCAAAAAACUUUUCCAUCGGAAUUUAUUUCACAAUAUUACAUCAGAAGUCUUUAAUAUUUAAGGAUUUAUUUUUAAUUUAACUGCGGUGUGGAAUUGUGAGCUCAUGUUUUUUCAACGAAAUAAUUCUAGUAAUGCUUUUGCAUUAACAGCUACAUAAAUAAUUAAUAGUCAUGUCUUAGAAGUUUAGGUACUAUGUUAUGAUAUGACAUUACAAAUGGUUUUAAGUAUAAAUCUGAGUUGUGAAAUGGUGUAAGUUACUAAUAGGUUGAUGGUAGAAAGGUGGUGAAGGACGAUUUGUAUUUUAUUUUAAUUAAUUAAAUAAAGUUUUGUUAAAAA